CGCACUUGCUACCAACGACACUGAGUUACCCCAGGAUUUUCAUCUGCUCUGCUGUCGCCGUCACUGACAACGAGCUCCUCUUUCGCUGCCGCCGCCGCUGAAGUCUGCUUGGAAAUGUCAUGGAUAUUCACGCUCUACUUAAGACCAACUGCGAUAAACUCCUGGAACAGUAUCACGCUAACUUGCGCGAUGUCCGCGCUCUGCAGGAGACGUUGAUCAACGACAUACUGCCUUCUGUGUCCGACGAGCUCCACCUUGGCGAUUUAGAAACUAGUUGGGCGAAGGAAUGGCUAAACGAUACCUUUUCUAUCUUCCAUCUAUUCAGGGUGAGUAUACUAAACACUUUCCAGAACAAAACAGAUCCUCUAGGAAGACCUAUCAUCAUACUCAAAUUCGCCCCAUUCAACUACUGCUUGGACGAGUACAAAGGAGUCGUCUACCGUACUCUAGAGUGUCUUCGAUGUCACCUGCAAGAAGUCAACAGAAACGAGGUAGAAGGGCGUCCUGCUCUGCAGUACGUCUUGCUUCUCGACCUCAAGGGUCUAUCUAUGCAAAGCAUCAGUUUUGACCUUGUUUCUUGGCUGUUAUCCGACGUCAUACCACGGUUCCCGGGAAUGCUGUCAGCAGUUUUCAUGAUAAACUUCUCAUGGACUCACUCGGGCAUCUGGAGCGUAGCAAAGCGUCUUCUCCCGGCCAAUGCACUCUCUCGAGUCUUUUUCCCUAAGCAGGAAGAGCUUAUCAGCUACUUCACACCUUCAGCUUUACCACAAGGCAUUUAUAUGGCUAAUAUAUUUCCCGUACACGAGUUGACUAUUUUGAUAGAUUAUGGCGGGGUCUUGGAGCCUUUGUCAACUAUCUGUGAUCCCUCACAAGGAAGACAAAUAUCCCCUUCGCCUCAGUCAUUCUCUACCGCGGAAACCACUGAUUUAUCUCCUAUACCCGAGUCAUCGCCCCUUUCUCCGACGUCUAUGAUUAACCCAUUCUUUGGUUAUCCAGUCUCUGUGACGGGGAGAUCUGCAUCCUUGUACCGUGGGCGCCGCCGUAAGCGAGAUCUAGCAAAGACUUUGAUGUUGCUGUUAUGGCUCCGAUGGCGACGGCAAAUCAUGGCUUGUUUUUGGCUGGGGAUAUUCGCGUUAGCGGUGAGGUUAUGGUCUCGCCGAUGGCUAUUGCGUUCCCCCAAGGGUCUCGUUCUAUUGCAGGCAUUCUCAUGUAGUUAGUAACCGUCAUAAUCUAUCUUGGCACGCCAAAAACCCAUUCAUCCUGCCAUCAUCUAAUUUCGUCUCUUUAUUCCGUAUGACUCCGCAACGAAACUUGGGCAAUCAACGUCGGGCAAACAAUUAGAAAGUUAUAUUCGUAAGACCUCAUUCCCCGACCCUGAGUAUUGAGUGGUACGUACAAC